AUGUCAUGGAAGCAAGCGAAAGAAAAAUUGGCUACUCUUUUCACUAAUGAAGAUGAACGCGGAAAAAUCAAAGGUCUUCUUUUGAAUAAACCACUAGAAGAACGGUUAGAAUAUUUUGAGGGUGAAGAUAAAGAGAUAGUUGCUUCUCUUAAAAUGCUUUUACAAGAUUAUGCUUUAUUAAAUGAAGACUUUUUAGAGCAACUUAGCAAAAAAAUAGCUGAAAAAUUAUGCAAACAAAAACAAACAACUGAAUACAAACCAGCAUCAGCAGCAGUUUGGUCCCAGUUUCAGGAUGUAAUCAAUUCAGUUGAAAUUUGGAACAUUGCAGCAGAUAUAAAUUAUCCAAGAAAUGGUGAUUUUAUAAAUAAUCAUGUAAAUAAUAUUCAAGCCAAAUUAUCGAAUAUGACUGAAAAUUUUGUUGAAAUACUUGGUGAAGUUUUGGUUUCAAUAUGUGUUUCCAUUCAUUUUAUUGAAUUAUUGAAAUCAUAUCCAAAUUUCUUCUGGAAUGACAGGAAACAGUCUUACAAAUCAAAAAAUUACAGAUUAGUUGGUAGAUAUGAUUUAUCUCUUGUUAGAAGAACUGGAUCAUUUUGGUAUCAGGGUAGGUUAUGUUUUAUUAUCAAAUGGAUCAAUUUGGGAAUACUUACAGAUAAUCAUAGUAUCAAUUAUGAAUAUGCUGGCCCAUAUGAAUCUGGUAGUGUUGAAUUAAUUAAAGGGUUGAUAUGUAUUUUGGAAAAUACUAAUAAUACUAAUACUACUGAGAUAACAUCAUUAGAAUUAGAAAGAAUUAGUGAAAGUAAUAAUGAUGACAAUACAUUUGUUAAUGGCAAUGAUGAUGACAUUGAUAAUAAUUAA